AUGUUUACAGAACUAGAAGACUCUGAUUUGAAUUACGAAAUCAUAGAAACAAUAGAAAAGGUUACUGAAACUCGUAAAAUAAUUUUAGGAAUUCUUCUUUUAUAUGGCCUCCUUAAGCCAUUUGAAAUAAAGUACUUUAAUACCGAUAUUAUUUUACCAGAAUUAGCUUUAUUCUUCAAAACAUAA